CUCAAACACAUCUAACCUGUGUGUGUGUGUUUGCAUCGCAGCACUGGAUAGCCAACAACCUGUUUGGCCUGGCGUUCGCUCUGAACGGAGUGGAGCUGCUCCACCUGAACAACGUCAGCACCGGCUGCAUCCUGCUGGGGGGGCUCUUCGUGUACGACGUCUUCUGGGUGUUUGGGACCAACGUCAUGGUAACAGUUGCCAAGUCCUUUGAAGCACCAAUCAAAUUGGUGUUUCCUCAGGACUUACUGGAGAGAGGACUUGACGCCAGUAACUUUGCCAUGCUGGGUCUCGGGGACAUCGUCAUCCCAGGAAUCUUCAUCGCUCUGCUGCUGCGCUUCGACGUCAGCCUAAAGAAGCAAAGCAAGACGUAUUUCUACUCCAGUUUCCUGGCCUACAUCUUCGGACUGGGCCUCACCAUCUUCGUCAUGCACACCUUCAAACACGCACAGCCCGCUCUGCUGUACCUGGUCCCGGCCUGCAUCGGCUUCCCCUGC